AUGACAGCCAACGGCACCACCAGACGCAACCCCCUCACCUACGGGUUCUACGUGCCCACCGUGGCCUUCUUCCAGCCUGACGAAGAGGUGGAUCUGCCGACUGUCGAGAAACACGCCGCUUAUCUCGCCCGCAGUGGCGUCACCGGUCUGGUCACCCAGGGCAGCAAUGGCGAAGCCGUCCACCUCGACCGCGACGAACGCAAGGCUAUUACUGCUGCCACCCGCCGCGCCGUCGAUGCCGCCGGCUAUUCCUCCAUGCCCGUGAUCGCCGGCUGCGGUGCCGCCUCCACGCGCGAGUCCAUCCAGCUGUGCCAGGACUCGGCGGCUGCGGGCGCCGACGCCGUGCUGGUGCUGCCGCCCAGCUACUACAAGGCGCUCGUGAGCAACGAGGCCAUGUACGCGCAUUUCCACGCCAUUGCGGACGCCUCGCCCAUCCCGGUGCUGAUCUAUAACUUCCCCGGCGCAUCGUCGGGCCUGGAUCUGUCGUCGGACGAUAUCCUGACCUUGGCCAAACACCCCAACAUCAUCGGGUGUAAGCUGACCUGCGGCAACACGGGCAAGCUGGCUCGCAUCGCGGCCGGCUCCAAGCCUGAGUUCUUGACGUUUGGUGGCUCCGCCGAUUUCACCCUGCAGACCCUCAUCGCUGGCGGUGACGGUAUCAUCGGCGGCACCGCCAACAUGAUUCCCCGAUCAUGCGUGCGUCUCAUGGAGCUGUACCGGGCGGGCAAGCUCGAGGAGGCGCAGAAGGUCCAGGCGAUUGUGGCGCGGACGGACUGGGCGGCCAUCCACGGCGGCUUCAUUGCUGUCAAGACGGCGCUGCAGUCAUAUCAUGGAUACGGUGGACUGCCGCGUCGUCCAUGUGUGGUACCUUCUGAGAAGGCUGCCGCUGCCAUCCACGAGGAGUUCCGCGAAGGUAUGGAGCUGGAGCGGUCAUUGGAGAAGUCGUGA